UCGAAAGGUAUUGUGUCAAACAUUUCCUCUAUUUAUUUUCCAUCGAUUCGAGUAAUACAAACAUUUUGAAAAUCCGCCAUCAACGCGACCGAAGCUACUCCGUCAAACUAAUUCAACGAAAUCAUUCACCCCCCACAAAGACAGAAAGCGCAUCGCCGGUACAUCACUGAUCCCGAAAUAAUACGUAGACACAUCUCCGUAUACAUCAUCAACGAGUCGACGUGCGCUGGCCUGUCAGUGGGGAGAGCAGCUCCUCUUUGGUGGUGAGGUGAGUAGAGUCACACAGUAUACCUAUAGUAGUGGUGUAGGUAUAGCGCUCCGGGCGGCAGUAGCGGCGAAGGAGCGAGUCUGCGAGGGGUGGGAGAUGUCCUCUCCUCCGAGCAGCGACAGGCGCGGAGAGGGGAAGUGGAGCAGCGCGCGCGAGCCGCAGCGAACGUGCGCCCGCCGUCGAGGCACUAGUUUCGCUUCGGAGUCCGUCCGGUGAACGUGCACCCGGCUCUGCGUCUGUAUACACACGUCCGAGACUUAGCAGCCCGUCUAGCAGCACGCGUCAGCGCCAGGCGCGCACCUGGAUUAUAAGCAGAAAGAGCCAGCCUUUGUGAGCGAGCGAGCAGCAGCAAGUGUAUACGUAUAGUAUAUAGCUAUACGGAGAGUGCGCGCGACGCUUUUUCCUCGCUGCGGAUGACGUGCGCGUUGAGGAGCUUUAAUGGAUUUCUCGACGACGCAGAUAUCCGCGCCGGCUGGAUAAUAGCGCGAUAAUAAUAUAAUAUCGAGCCAGAAGUGAAUUUGCUCGCAGUCUCCUUCGCUGCGCGCUGUGCGUGAUAUGCUCUCGACCAUCAGUGAAAAAUCAGUGAUUAUUACUAGCGACUCGGUGUGGUGAUCUAUCCAAGAGAGUUUUUAAGAAAGUAUAAAAAAGCUGUGUUUCAAGUUGCCAAAAAGAAGAAGGAUACAAGCUACAACACGAGGAAGAGAGGAACAAGCUCGCCGAGAUAAGGGAGUACAGUACACAAUGCUGACGUCCAACGCCAAUCAGUACCUCCGUCCGGAAUAUCUGACACCGCUGCCCACGACGCUGGACGCCAAGAAGAGCCCACUGGCGUUGCUGGCCCAGACCUGCAGCCAGAUCGGCAUCGACCCGCCUUCAAGCAAGCCGCUGCUGCAGGUGUCGCCGGACAAGUCCGGCAAGUCGUCCGGCAAGUCGGACGCCAGGGACAAAUCGUCGCCGGGAACAGGCCACAGCUCGACGCCGUCGGGCACCGCAACCUACUCGCCACCGACCUCGGAGGGCGCCAAGUCCAGCAGCUUCAAGCCCUACGAGUCCUGCAUCAGCCGCGACAAGGACGCCAGCCCGGAACAGCCACAGCAGCAGCGCGUCCCCUCGACACACUCCGCCUCGGGCAGCAGCAGCAACCGCUCGCGGACGCCGGGCAACAAGCGCUGCUCCAGCAACCAGAGUGCCUCCUCCUCCGGCGGCAGAGCCAUGACCCCGCAGGGACGCAAGAGCUCGACGCCCAGCAACGAGCCGACGGCCAGCAGCGGUGGUAGCAACCCCAGGGAAUCCCCUAGCUCGAGGCUCGCCGCAACCAGCAGCCCCUCGGCGCCCAAGGCAGCCUACAGCCCCGCGCAGUCGCACGAGUACUCGCUCGCCGGUUUCAGGCCCUCGCCCAUGAGUCUGAUCUCGGCAACGUCCGCCGGCGCGAGCACGACGACAACGCCCUCUGCUGCUUACGGGCUUCCCUACCCAGGUCAGCUGCCGCCCCUCGACGCCAUGACCGCCAGUUCGCUUAUGUCACAGCAUCACGCGGCCGCGGCCGCCCUCAAAAACGGCCUCGCCAGCCAUCCGUACAUCAGCUACGCUCGCAUGAAGACGCCCUCGGGCGGAGACACCCUCGUGCCCGUCUGCCGCGACCCUUACUGCAACGGCUGCCAGCUCAACAGCCACCUGCUGGCAAGCACGUCCACCGCCUCUGGCGUCAACGGCGGCAAGCUCCCGGUAACGAGUCAAGCAGGCCCUUGCCCGGCCGGCUGCGCCCAGUGCGACCACAAACCCUCUGCGGCAGCCGCCGCGGCCGCGGCCCAACUCGCCGCUGCGUCCUCGCCCUACGCCGCCUACGCACACGCCCAGUUGGUCGCCCUAGCGGCCGCCUCGCAGAUGCAUCCCUACGUCUGCAACUGGAUCGGCAGCGACGCCGCCUACUGCGGCAAGAGAUUCUCUACCUCGGACGAGCUGCUGCAGCACUUCCGCGGACACACGGGCCAGCCGAGCGCCGAAUCGGCAGCCGGCGCCACCGCCGCCACCACUGCAGCGGCCCUGUCGCUCCUGACGCCGCCCGGUCUAGGGCCUGGACACCCCCUCCUCUCCAGGACGUACCCCACGCCGCCGCUCAGCCCGCUGGCCACCGCGCGCUACCACCCCUACGGCAAACCCUACGCCGGGCCACCGGGACUGUCCACACUGGGGCUGCCUCUGCCGCCGCCCCCUCACCCCGCAGGCCUGCCGCCCUACUUCUCGCCCUACGCCUCGCUCUACGCGAACUCGAGGCUCGGCGCCGCCUCCGGCAUGCAUCCCUAAGCCGCUGCAGCCGUGUGAUAAAAACCGUUUGACUGUGAUUCUUCGACUUUGAUUAUAUAUAUAUCCCUCGCCGUCGUCGCAAAAGAGACAGCCAAGGACAUGCAAAUCGAGAGCCGGCGUCGACUAUAGGUAUAGCGCUUGCGAGUCCGCGUAGUCUCUGUGUCUUACAUUUUCUUAUCUUCCCCGUCGCCUGCUCUUUCUAUUCUAUCAUUGUGUAGCUCUUGUACAGCGCCGAGUCGCGCUGCGGCUUUCUCUUCCCCGGUAUAUAUUUGUACUUAUACGCACAUUUGGCGUAAACGACGAGCGCGAUCGGAAUAGAAAGAGAGACACGUGUACGAUACUACUCCGACAGAUUCGAAAAGAAGAGCAGUACAAAGCGCUACGCACACGACUUGUCGAACCCAUAAAUUAUACUAGCUCGAGCCUCGACGUUCCUUACGGCUAUGCAUGAUCGGUCAGUGUCCCCACACCCCGUUUCAUUAUUUAUAUAUCCGGACACACACACUAUGUACGCCGUCGCGACGAUCUAUUAUUCACCGUGUUAUAACUUCGCCGCGGCGAAUCAUCACUGCACGCUAUCGUUCCGAGAGGACGAAAAGACGCUGUAAAUUUGUUCAUAGACGAGAAAAAUACACAGAGACACAUACACACACACAUUUGUAAACUAUAUACGUACGUAGCUUGUAACUGUUGGAGAAUGAGAGAAAGUGCGGAUAAGCGUGAAAGGACGAGCGAGCGAAAGUGCUCAUGCGACAAAGGAGGAUGUGGGACAUAAGUGCUAAAGAUAAAUCUCUAACUAUACAUAGAUAAUUAUAAAUAUUAUAUAAAUAUAUAUAAACAAUCUCGUCGUCUAUUUUUGCGUAACCAAAGUUCUUUAUAUAGUAAAACAUUUCAUUGGACUGUCGUAUGCAUGGGAUAAAAAGGAAGGAAAAAAAGAGUAUCGGCCGAGUGAGAGCUAAGUGAGGAAGGAAGAGUAAACUCUGAGCGAAAAUAACGAGUGACGAAUGACACAAAGAUUAUUAACGAUUACCUGUAUAUCAACUAUAAACGUCGGUUGUAUAAAUGAAUUUAUCGAGAUAUCGUGUACGCGGUAAUGCUAUCAACGAGUACGCGCGUUUAUGUCGUUGAUAACAUCACCGGUUAUUAUACAUAGAACACACACACACCUACGAUUAUUAUUUCUAUUAAUAUUAUUAUUAUAUGUAUAUUCGCGUCAUCUGUAAAUCAUCAUGACUCAUGAUGAUAUAAUAUUUAUCGAUACUAUAUCGACCUUUAUUAUUGUAUAAUUAUUAGUUAUCAUCAUUACUUUAUAAUAAUAAUAUUGUAUUAUUGCGAAAUAAACACGUGCCGUUCAUUUUUAUUAUCAUUAUUAUUAUUAUUAUUAUUAUUAUUAUUAUUAUUAUUAUUAUUAUUAUUAUUAUUAUAUUAGUCUGGCAUUAAGAAUGCCGCCGAAAGUUACACAACACGAGGUGUGUCUGCCUCUUAGUUCGGACAAUUCAUCAGUAGUGGAUACGUCGAAACGGGUGCUUGUACUCGCGUGAUGCGGAAAAAUUGUAAUGUACAGCGUAAUCGCGGUAGAUGAAAGAAAAAAGUUACAGAGGCCACCGCGCGACAUACCAAUAACAUUGGCGCUUCUAUAGUUGUUUUUUUCUUCUUAUUAUUAUGUACUGUUGUUUCAAUCUGUCAAAUGAUACAAGCAGAUGAAAAGAUGAACCUGAAAUACAGCAAAUUGUUUCACACUCCA